AUAAUCUGAAUGACAUUUCAAGAGUGAAAACCCUUUGUGAAAUAUAGCAGCUUCUUAAGAAGAUUCUGAGCUUUUAAAUUUCAUUCCCAAUGAAAAGUACAUGAAGUCCAAUAAGAGAAUAACAAAUCAUGACGCUCGGUCCAUCAUGCGCGCUUUGCAGACUCCCACACAGCCAUUUUCCACGGCUCAUUCAGAAAUUUCGUCUUUGUUCGCAGCCCUUCUCCGAGGGCUGUCGCAUGGAAGACUGAGGGUGGCGCUGUCCGCGGUGCUGAACCCCCCAGAUCAAUAAUCUACAGAGCGGCGGAGCGGUUUGACGGGCAGUCGAGGUUGCAGCAGGCAGAGGGAGACGGUGGAAGGUAACGCAGGGAGGCAGCAUCAUGGCGGACAGAGACAGUGGCAGUGACCACGGAGGGCCCACCGCAGGCCCCGGCUCGCUGCCUCCGAGUGCGAUGGGCGCCAUGUCCCGGCUGCAGCACGACACUGAGGAGCUCGCUUCCAAGCGCAUUGACAUCCAGAACAAGCGCUUCUACCUUGACGUGAAGCAGAACGUGAAAGGCCGCUUCCUAAAGAUAGCCGAGGUCGGCGCUGGGGGAAACAAGAGCCGCCUCACUCUCUCCAUGUCUGUGGCCGUGGAGUUCCGCGAUUAUCUCGGGGACUUUAUCGAACAUUACGCCCAGCUGGGCCCGACCAACCCGGACAUGGUGCAGGACGAGCCCAGGCGGGCGCUGAAGAGCGAAUUCCUGGUCCGGGAGAAUCGGAAAUAUUACAUGGAUCUGAAAGAGAACCAGAGGGGGCGGUUCCUGAGGAUCCGGCAGACCGUUAAUCGUGGGCCAGGAUUGGGAAGCGCGCAAGGCCAGACCAUCGCUCUGCCGGCGCAGGGGCUCAUCGAGUUCCGCGACGCGCUCGCCAAACUCAUCGACGACUACGGCGUGGACGAGGAGCCGGCGGAGCUCCCGGAGGGCACCUCGCUCACGGUCGACAACAAGCGCUUCUUCUUCGACGUGGGCUCCAACAAGUACGGGGUCUUCAUGCGGGUCAGUGAGGUAAAGCCCACGUACCGGAACUCCAUCACGGUUCCCUGCAAAGUGUGGUCCAAAUUCGGCAACACGUUCAGCAAAUACGCGGAGGAGAUGCGGAAGAUCCAGGAGAGGAGUCGAGAGAAGCGGGCCUCCGAACUGCUACCUGAGGGCCCGCACGGCGGAGAUGAUGCGGACGACGACUGACCGACCACCGACCGACCGACGGACGGACGGACGGGGGUUUCAGAGACAACCACCGGAGACCAGACUUGAAACUGUAAAAUAGAAGGAGAAAUUUCCAAGGGAACCCCCCCCCCCCCCCCAACACACACACUUCACCUCCACAGACAUGACAGCCCCUCUGCUGUCUCCUCGCUCAUUUUGUCACCCCACCUCCCACCCAUGUAACAGUAAGCCGCUGCUAUCAAGAGUUGAACUGUAAGAUAUGAACUUUUUUCCUACUUGACUUAAAUGACAAUGAAUAGAGUGUUUAUAUCUCUAUCAAUGACAGAUUUUGCACACAUUCAAAAAAAUAAUAAUAAUAACGUCUAGUUGUUUUCAGACAUGCUAAGAUUUAAUCCAAGCAAAUCCAGAGAUCUAUUAUAUGACCAGUCUUCGUGUAGAGCCAAUAUUUGACAUCAGCACAAAGAGAAUAUAAUGUAUGAUAAACUUCAUGAAACCAAAAUCUGAGCGCAGAUGUAUAGUUUACUGUAAAGGUACAGCAGAGUUUAAAAAAAAAAGAAGAAGAAGAAAAAGGCGAGCACUCUUCAAAGUGCCCUGCAGGCCACCUGUCGAAACGCUUGUAGGCUCUUAUUUUGAAAAAAAGUUGGCAAAGCAAGACAGUAGGAUUUAUUUGGACCUAAAAUAUGGAUCGGAGCUGCUUGACGGCCUUUAUAGAAACACAAGAUAACCUCCCUUGUGCUUCUCAAACAGAUGGGAUAAAUUGAUGGAGCUCUAAUAUCAACUCUCUUGCACCACGUCCAUGUAAAGAAAAAAAGUGCUAACUUAGAUGUACUAAUUAUGAUUUUGUGAAUCAGCUGUAAAAAAAAAAAUUCCUUAAGAUACCCACGUUUUCUGUGGGUUAAGUCUUUAUUACUUUCUUCUUUUCCUCUUGGGGGAGGGUGGGGAUGCAAAAAUGGUCCAUUUGUGGUGAGGAGGGCGUAGAAACAAGAAAACACUAAAGACAGCUUGUGGCGAGGCAACGCAUCCUCUCUGACGUCAUAACGACCCGUGCCUUAUACACUCCACUCGUUUACGUGUUCUCACGUGGAUGGUCUGCGACCUCGACCGCCGCUGUACGUUCUUUCAUUUUUACGAGUGUUGUUAUGUAGGCAGAGACAUAAAGACCCGGCGAGGCUGUGGGUUUUCUCAUGUCCCUGCAGUGCGUGGCCGCAACAAAAGAAGGACAAAAAAAAAAGAUAACUCAAGGCUGGGAGGAAGGGGCUGGGAUGUGUUGCUCCUGAAGGAGCGUAGAAAUGAAACGCGUGGCUUUGCACACCGUAUGCAACACGACGUGGAAAAAUGAAAAAAAAAAAAGAGAGACUUGUUUUUGCAGAGUGAAGCCGGGGAAGGAUGCUCGGCCGCAUCCCCUGCAGCAGCAGCGGAUGCUCCCAGCAGCAGGGCCCAGGCAGGAUCUAUCAUUUUAUGGUGCUACAGCCCCUAGACCGCCCUUUGGGUGCCUCGUCGCUUGAAAUAUGUCACUUUCGCAUUAUUGUCAUUCUGAUGCUCCUUUGCCCCCGUUCAGAGUUCGUCCCUCCUCUUCACUUUCGUUUCAGGUUUCUCCCUCCCACCAAGCGAUGAAGCCUCAAGCUGGUGUAGGACAUUUCAUAGUGUGCAAUAUUGCGUGCGUGCCGAUAGUGGCAUUGUAUCUCAUGUACAGACUAUUAAAAGAGGAAAAAACAAAGAUCCGGCGAUGUGAUCGCUAGUAUUCAGAAGCAUGAACACGAGGUUGAAACAUUUGUGUUUUCCCAAAUGUGGAGACUGUAAAGCCAGAAACGGUCCAACUCACAGUGAGGUCAUGUUUUCUGUCGGAUCCUUUGAGCCACACAGCUGUUUCCUGUGUGCAUAGAUGAGUUCACUUCUUCCAGAACCCCUCGUUCUGUCCAGAAGCAACUGCUGUCUCAACGUUAGCCCCUCUGCAGUGAUCUCCACUCUGCAUCUUGGGAAUUUUGAGUCCAGCGCACACACACUUUCAGCCUCCCCCUGUUAAGGCCUCCUGUUGCUAUCAGAGUGUUUGGGAGGCCGGUGAAUGGUGUCUAGAGCUGCACAAGGCCUCCUGUCAUAAGAAUGGAGGCAACCGUGUGUUUGCCACAUCCCCUCUGGCCAGCGGCUGAACUUUGAAUUAACCUUUUCUGCACUUUUGCUCAAGCUAAGAGGGAGCGAUUAGCUGCUAGGGCAAACCCAAAGAGUUAAAGAACUUUUUGUGAGGAGGAUGAUCUCCUCUGCGGUCUUUGGAGUGUUUUGUGCUCUUUGUAGCAAAGUGUGUUUAAAUUCUUUUAAGUUGUGGACUUAGUUUUGACAAUCCAGACCCGAAUUUCUUUUUUUGUCUUUACCUUUAACUCUGGAGCCUUAGUGUCAACUUCCUUUGGACUACCUUAACUCUUCAACUGUUUUCCCAUUUCAAGUGAUUUCAACAGAUUUUGAAGUGGAGAAAAGCGGCUUUACUGACAAAUGUUUGCACAUCAGAGCAAAGCCCCUUUCCUUCGCGUCAGAAUUUGAUGGAAUUACGUUAUUCGCGUCAACGGUCAAAUAGUUGGGGAUGUUCAAAGAGCGUGUGUUAUUUUGCUGUCACCGGUGACAGCUACGGUGUGAGAGGGUUGAAACAUCGACUGGGCUCAAAGAGUCUUGAUUUGGAAUCAGGUCUGUGCAAAACCCGCUGACCAGAAGCAGCAGAUAAGUCAACAGGGAACUUAAACGAAGGCCUCAGCAGACUAAAACCAGUUUAACCUUGGACCAGCGCAACACAAAGAGCUCAGAGUUCCUGCAUCCUUGCUUUUAAGAGUGGCUCUGUGUUUGAUCAGGUAUCCCCUGUAGUGAUGCGGCCAAGAAAAAAAAAAUGUUCCAGAAAAUCCCAUCUGCUCCACGCAGAACUUCUUGGCUCGUGUUUGUCUCAGAGAAGCAGUGAAAGGCCUGACGAAGCCUGGCACUGCUCUGUGGGAGGGUCACCUGCAGCAGAACGGCCUGCAUGCGGGGCGGAUCCACGCAGAACUUUCCUCUACAUUUCAGGAGAAAAACAGGCACACUGCCCUGUGAAUUAUAAGACGCCUACAUCAACAAAAGACGUACGAACCUCCUGUAACUGUGUGCCCACCAGAGCACAUCCGAGUUCAACCUGAGUGCACUAUGUUGGGAUUCUGAAUCCGUUCUUAAAGUUUUUUUUUUUUUGCUUCAGUGUUGAUCUUCAGAAGACUCGGCAGCCGAAAAGUCUGGAACCAAAGCGUCUCUUUCUGAAGGCCUCACUCUAAAAGCGUACUUUUUUAUUCAAGACUGUGAGAGGUUGUGUUGCAGUCCGGAGCCUGCGCUGCUGGGUCAGUCGUGUUGUUGCUGCAGAAUGAUUCCAUUGUGGAACGUGACUCAUCCCUUUUUUCUUUUUCUUUUCGAGGGGCAUGGGGGUCACGACUACGUCUGAGUUACACAGGAACCGGGUGGGGCACAAGUGAUUUCACGAAA